AUGGAGCAUGAUCAGCCUAAAGUCAAAGCCAACAAGUUGUUGAAGUGGCUCGACAACAGUGGUGCCGAGAUACAUACACGACCUGGCUCAAGAAGACUACCUGGGCCGCUAGAGUGGAUUCUGGAAACGCCUCAAUUCAAAGACUGGCGUAAGGAUGGCCCGCCCACUCUGCUCCUUGUGGGACGGCCCGGUUCUGGAAAAACUACAGCCGCGUCUCUUGUCGUGGAUACGCUCCUGCGCCAGGAUAACCUUGGACGUAGGGUUGGCGUUGCGUUUCUGCACGUGGGCACUGGUGAAGAGGAACGUAACGCGGUGCAAUUGUUACGAAGCUUACUGUAUCAGCUUGGACAGCAACUGGCUACGUCGUAUCUACGCAGUCGCAACCAACCGCACAUGGAAGAUGUCUUGGACAUCCUCAGUGAAAGAACUCCGAACCCGUCCCAGGCAGAUAUGUUGUCGCAAAUACUUCCCGAAUUAAUCGGCAGGUUCGAUCGCGUCUACGUCGUGGUAGACGAAUUAGAUCAAAUGACCAAAAAUCGUGGCCGACUGCGUUCCUGCCUUCUCGAUUUGAGGAACGAGAAUCUGCGACUUCUCCUCACAACCAGUCCAGAUGAGGGAAGCAGGCUCCACGAAGAUCCGCAAAUUCUAAUUGGCGGCGCAAAUGUUGAAAAAGACUUGGACAUUUACAUCGAGCAAAGGAUGAACGAUCUGCCAGAAUUCAUUCACCGUAGACCGAUCGUAGAACGUCGUGUGAAGAAAAGAGUUAUUGAAGAUGCUCACGAAUUGAUACUUGCUGCAAAACUUCUGAUGGACGGACUUAUGAAUAUGAGAGGCGCAAACAUAGAACCCAAACUGGAAUUCACUGGAGAUCUCCUCGAAGAGCUCUACAAACGGUUCAUCGCAAGAGUUAAAGAGCUCGGCGACACGAAACAGAACUUUGUCAGAGACAUUUUAGCAUGGCUUCUCCUCAUGAAGAGGCCCAUACGAGAAGUUGAGAUGCGAUAUAUACUCAAAAGAGAUCAUGAUGGAUCCAUUCUGAACUCAGAUAAGGCAAUAGACUAUGAGCAGUUUAUAGGGCUAUGCAAGGACUUCAACAUCCUCAACCAAGACAAAAACAGCAAUCGUUUUGCCAUACUCUCACCGGCUUCACAGUAUCUUCUGAGUACCUUGGAUGGUUGGUGUCCAGACGCCAAAACCAUGGUUGCGAGGCGUUGCUUGGAAUAUCUUGCCUUGGAUGAGUUUAGUAAGGGUCCUUGCAAAACGGAUGCUGAGUACGAGUCGAGAUUGCAAAACUAUAAGUUGUACAAGUACGCGGCACGGCACUGGUUUCAUCACCUUCAGGACUUGCAAAACGUACCAGCCAUGCUCAUUCGCUCAUUCUUUAUGGAUGACAAUAAGGUAGCUUCCGCCAACCAGGUCAUGUCAGUGUCAGACCAAAAGCCAGCGCAGUCAGGCUAUAGUCAAAGGUUCGACCUUCCUGGAAGCGGCUUACACCUCGCAGCACAACUAGGAUCAACUUCUGUUCUAGCUCGUUUACUUGAAGAAAGGCCAUCUCUAGCUGAGGUGGAUACAAAGGAGCGAACCCCUCUUUGGUGCGCCAUCGAGUAUGACAGGCUAGACGCUAUGAAGUUAUUGAGUCUUGUGGAUCGAACAACAUUCACAAGGUUGCUGGAAGGCAAGCAAAUCUCACUGGCCAGUGCUCUCGUUCGAGCUGCUGGACCAAGCAUCAGGGAUACGGCCUCAAAUUCUGCUUUGCAUAUCGGUGUGAUCAAAAGAGAUAUGGAUAUCGUUCGACUCUCACUCGAAUGCGGCAUUGAUAUCGACGAGAAAGGUGCGAAUGGUCACACAGCUGUUGAGCUGGCGAUAGGGCUUGGAUAUGGCGAUGUUAUAGGUUUGCUCUUAGACCACUCCCCUGAUACAUCACGGGUAACCGCACAAGACUGGUUACAGGCGUUUGGUAAGCGAACUGAGAGUAAUGAACCAUUCAUAAUCCAGCUCGAAGAAGAUAUGCUCAGAAGAAAAGAGAUAUGUUUCCAUAACAUGGAACGUUUUCAGAUGAAGGAGUUUCCCAUGCAGUAUUUGAAGAGAAGAUUACUGACUUUCCCUAACUCCAGCUACUGGCCUGACUAUGAUGGUGGAAUUUGGAAAAUCAACUCCUUGAUCUACGCCUUCCCAAUCUUGCCUGCAUACGGUAUCUCUCCGAAUCACGACACACAGCGGUGCUCAAUCUUCGCUGGUGUGCCCUCUCAAGCACCAUCUGGGACUGUCAACCUCUUCGGAUACAGGCUGAAAGAGUUGAUGAUCAGUUGGAAUGUAGAGAUACGUCCAGAUCUGGGUGGUAACAACCGUUGGGUCAGCAUCGAUCACUGGAGUACGCUGCGCAAGGUUUCGAUACCAAAUAGCGGGAUGGCAUUCCUGGACGACCUCAUAAAGGAGCUGAUAAUGGGUUGGUUGAAGUUUUGUGAUCAGAUCGACAUCUACCUUCUCAAAUUUCGGCUCCGUGUGCUCGAUGCAAACGGAAAGUCGCGCAGUGUCAUUGAUGAACUCUUGGUGGAUGCAACUACGUGGAUACAUCUCCGGCGCGGGCAUCGUGGCCAAGUCGACACCCUUCAAAACUUCUUUAAAGGGUAUCAGAAUAAGGUCUACGAAGACGAAGGUUCUAAACUGGUCGCUAACACUAUUCAAGAAUUCUCAAGUACCAUCCAGUCUCGAUUUGAUAAGUUCGACGAAGACUCAUCUGCACUCAUCCAACUGGAAUUCAACUUGACAUCUAUUAGGGAAUCACAGAAAUCGAAUUCGUUAAGUAUAAGCAUGAAGCGACUGAGCUGGAUUACGUUUGUUUUUCUUCCUCUCACCUUUGUUUCGGGCUUGUUUGGCAUGAAUGUCAAUAUUCUCGCAGACAACCCACCAUGGUGGUGGUACCUGGUUUUUAUGUCCGGUACACUGAGUCUCACAAUGCUCGUAUGGUUGACAUGCAGAAAAUACCCUGCUUUGGAAGACAAGGUGGAUGCAAAGUUGUCCUGGCUUAAGCCAAAUCACGGUGCAUGGCCUUAUUCAUCAUUCAACCCGGCGCUAGAAGUCGACGUUCUCUUACACUGCGGCGACCUUACGCAAGUCGGCGGUCUUCCUAGCUUCAAGCGCGCAGUAGAAGAUAUCAAAUCGGUCGAUGCGGAACUGAAACUCGUCAUCGCUGGGAACCACGAUCUUGAGCUUGACGAGAGCUGGGUGCGUGAGAACAUGCCGGAAGACAUGGCCGAUCAUCUAGCAUGCAUCACAUUCAUGAAGGAGCAGAAGAUUCAUGGGAUUCACUACCUUGACGAAGGUACACACACAUUCACUCUCCAAGACGGACGACGAUUCAGUGUAUAUGCGAGCCCCUACACACCCGAGUUCAACGGAUACGCUUUCGCAUACGGCAAAGAGGAGGAUAGGUUCAAUAUUGGUGCGAAGUCGGCAGCCGCUGGGGUCGAUGUUGUCAUGACACAUGGUCCUCCGCUCUUUCCAGUAAAUCCAGAAUACGACCUCGAUGUUGGUCACGACGGAACGCAUUGCGGUUGCGAGAAGCUUGCAAACGCGGUGCAGAGAGUCAAGCCGAGGCUGCAUUGUUUUGGGCAUCUCCAUGAAGGUCGAGGCGCCAUGCGUGUUUGCUGGACCGACAACGCACAAAGUGAAACCAAAGUUGCAUCGAUGAAGAGGAUAGAGGAUGAAGGAGCGAUUAUCACGGUUGAGAGAGAUUCGGCGGGAAGCGAGUCGCUUCUUGUGAACGCCACUAUGAAUGGGCCAGGAGGAGGAUGGCUAGUGGAUCUCAUGUUAUUUCUGUCCAAGAACAUGUCUCCAAAUCAGUCCUACAAUGACGACAAGCAGACGGAGAGUUCGCAAGACAGUUCGCAUGAAGAAAGACUAUUACUAGAACCGCACAGCUUGAAGCUCUUGCCUUCCAAGAGCAGAGACUGGAGAAGAAGUAUCACUUUACAUGCUGUCGUUUUCCUCCUUGCGAUAGCAAUCACAACCCUCCUCGGCUACCUCAUCCGUCCAUUCCCCCCACAACCACCACGCAUGAGAACCCUCGACUGCGGCACAAAUUCUACCACCGCCAGAGCAAACGACUGCACCUACGACGUUCUCUCUAAUAUCUGGGUGCCAAACCCAUGCAUCGACCACAAGAACCUAGACGACUUCAAGCGUCUCGCCAAAUGGCAAGCGUACGAAACACGCGAAGCCAAGCGCCUCCUUACCGAAGACGAAAUGGGCGACGUGGUUGCGCCAAACACUUACUUUACGGAGAUCCGGGAGCAUAUGGUGCACUGCGCGCUCAUGUGGCGACGGCUGCAUCGCGGCUAUCAGGAAGAUCAGAAGUACCUCGAUCUUCAUAUGGAGGAAAAGACUUCCAUUUUCUGGUUUCUACCGCCUCAUGUAUCAAAAUACGACUACCUAGCUUCGAACUCCUCCUGA